CCUCCGUUCUCCACAGACCCAGUGCAGCUGGGCGCGGCGCCUCCAACCUCCCCGGACGGCGACCUACCCUGGUUCGAGCCGGACCCCUCUGAGAACAUCACCGUACUGCUGGGGCGCACCGCCUACCUGACGUGCCGGGUGCGCUCGCUCGGCAACCGAACCAUCUCGUGGGUGCGUCUGAGGGACGUGCACCUGCUGACUGUCGGAGAGACCACGUAUACGAGUGACGAACGGUUCCGAGCGCGGCCAGUGACCAACAGCCCGGACUGGAGCCUGCAGGUGAAGUUUGUCCAGCACCGCGACGCCGGUUUGUACGCCUGUCAAGUGAGCACGUCUCCACCGGUGUCCUACCUCGUCCAUCUCAACGUCGUCGAGCCAGUGACGGAGAUCCUGGGCGGACCGGAGCUCUUCAUUGACACUGAGAGCACCAUUAACCUGACCUGCGUGGUGCGCCGGUCGCCGGAGCCGCCCCCGUUCAUCUUCUGGAAACACAACGACCAGGUGAUUAGUUACGACUCCAGCCGCGGCGGCGUCUCUGUAGUCACCAUCAAAGGGGCCGUCACCGCCAGCUACCUGCUUAUCCAGCGGGCGAGGCCGUCCGAUUCGGGCCGUUACAGCUGCCAGCCAUCCGGAGCCUCACAGCAGUCGCUGCGCGUACACGUGCUGCAAGGUGAGAAGCCCGCCGCCAUGCAGACGAGCAGCUGCCCCAGCCAGCCGGGUCGACUGGGUGCCCUGCUCGUCACCCUCCUGCAGCUGAUAGCCUGGAGCUGGCUGGCGUAGCCGACCGUCUACCCUGCCACCACCGCCACCGCAACCGCCUCCGCAACUGACGCCACUACCAGAGAUACCGCACAGCGCCACAUCCGACAGCGUCCGCUACCGUAAGGAAAUGUUUUCGAAAAGAGAACAGGAGCGAUUGGACUCUGCGAGUGCCCGCCUGGUGCUGCAAGAAACUGAUGGAUAGUUGGUGUUUUGUGUCGGCGAUGGAGGUGGCCUGUUGCUGGGGUGGUGUUACCAUCCAGGCCGCUCCUGAGAAGGCAAUCUCUAAGAAAGUGGACGGUAGGAAGGACCAGAGUGACCUGCAGGAAUGACUGGGACGAAGGACAUGUGUUGUCCGCGGUUUGGCGAGGCCGCAUCGAUGUCGGGCGAGCGCGUUUUGACGAUCGUGACGGCGUAACGGAGAUGUGACGGUGGCGAUGGCGGAAAGACGUGACGCGGUGCGAUCGUCACCACGGCGUCACGUUAGUAAACAUUGGCGAAGGGCCGAAUUCGCCGCAGCUUCAUCGGAUGUAUUCGCUGUGCAGUGAAUGUUCUCGCUGUCUGGGGAGCACUGUGACACUAAACAACGGAUGUCGUCAGCCGUCGUAACAGGGCAAAAACACUGACGACCACGACGGAAAUAUCCGCUGACUCGCGUGUCUGCACGCACCUGAGCGACCUUUGGUUGUGGGAGACUCGGCGACUUCUGGUGGUCAACUGGCCGGUGCCUCCUGCGACUGAGCCAGCGGCAGCUCGGAGGCCAUCUGAUGACUGCUAUGGAGUCCUCCAGCACCGGAAUGGUGACUUUCCUGAGACGGACCUCGAUGGCGUUCAGGCGGACGUGGAGCGGACACCCGAUCGAACGUCGGUCACGUUCGACAAAUGCUGAAUAGCGAAAUGUGUGAAUUUCGCCACCGAUCUCACCUGUCUAUCUUGGUGAAGACUUCCGUGAUGGAGAAUGUGUGUCUGCGCAGGACGAGUCGUGAGCACCGUGCCGCGAGUCUGCGGGGGACGAGUCGUGAGUCUAUCGUGCCGCGAGUCUGCGGGGGACGAGUCGUGACUCGUGAGUCUAUCGUGCUGCGAGUCUGGGGGGGACGAGUCGUGAGUCUGAGAAGGACGGUUCCAGACGCGGUCGCUCGAUCCCCUGGGCACUGGGGAGAACUGUGUAACCGAGUUGCGGAUGGGCCUGCGACCCUGAGCCAGACACCGAGAUGGGCUCGUGAAUGGCUGCAUCUGUCUCUGUCGCCAAAAAGUCCGACGGUGCUUUGUUCGACGCCACUAAAUUACUAAUGCCUUACAAGGAUAGAGCAUGUCAAAAUAAAUCACCGGCCUAAUUUGAAGGGAGAGUUGUGUGAUUUCGAUGGCUGGCAGUUCGACAGCAGACAGAACUGCACAAAGGAUAACAGAUGUGUUUGUUUACCCGGUGGCUACAUAUGGACCUAUAGCCCGCAUGAUGGUGUCGCCACUGGACGUUGUAGACUCUCGUAUGUGAUUGUUGGAGCGUCAGAUGACAGAUUAAAUAUCUUAUAUCCAGGUUCAUGUUCAUAUUUGAAUGUUGAUGUGAGUUGAAGGAUAACGCCUGCUGAAGGCAGGCUACCAUGUUAUGUGUGCUCAUGUUAGCGUUCACUCGACGUGAUCUGUCUUGUUGUACAAUGGUGAGUGAAGGACAGGACGGUGUACUUUAGUGUUGGUUUCAAAUCUUCUUUGACAAAUUCCGGUUUUGCUCACGGUUUGUGACCGAGAUUUUGCUCUCCGUGGAUGAGGUCGACCGAAAUGAAAUUCUGUGGACUAAUAAAUGCUGGAUAUCACAAACGAA